AUGGUCGUCACCGGCCCGCUGCAGGGACAUUCCCUGCACAAGUCAGCUCUUCAACUUGGCCAAGGGGACUGUGUCGAGCCUCCAUUCCCAACAGUCACUUCAGCAUUCUAUCACCAUGCAACAACUUCCCCAGAUACUAUAGCCCUUCGUGAUCUCUCGGGAUCACUAAAAGAGCUGACAUAUGGGCAACUUGCAAAACGAGCCCAAGAGUUGGCUGCACAGCUCAUUGCUCAAGGUGUCUGUCCUGACUCGCGGGUCCCCCUUGUUGCUAAAAGGGGAUUGGACAUGAUCAUUGGUAUAUGGGCAAUCCUUUCAUGCGGAGCUCAAUAUGUUCCUCUUGAUGGAGGUGUCGUUCCCGAUAAAACUAUUCGUCGAGUCCUUGAGCAGGCCGGCGGUGGCGUCGUCCUUUGUCUGUCUUCGACAAAGCACCGAGUCACCUCCCAACAUCCCAACCAGACUGUGGUCGUUAUUGACGAAAUAAACACAAACCCUGUCGAAGAAGACCUUCAUAUCGAUCUCGCAACUCCGGAUUCCGGCUGUUACGUGAUAUAUACAUCAGAGAGAUAG